UGGUGCUCCCUGCUGUGUGUAUAAAUGGAGAUCAACAUCCAAGGCCUCCUCCCACACACACACACGCUACAGAGCAGAGCAGAGUCUUGCUCCAGUAUCUGCCCUCUCCUGCCUGCCUGUAGAGCAUCCAUCACGUGAAGUUCACGGACAAACAUGUCUCCGGUGAAGGUGUUCGGGCACCCGAUGUUGACAAACGUCGCACGGGUGCUGCUCUUCCUGGAGGAGGUCGGCGCCGAGUACGAGCUCGUGCCCAUGGACUUCGUCGCCGGCGAGCACAAGAGGCCCCAACACGUCCAGCUAAACCCGUUUGCGAAGAUGCCUGGGUUCCAAGAUGGCGAUCUCGUCCUGUUCGAGUCGCGCGCCAUCGCCAAGUACAUCCUCCGCAAGUACGGGGGGACAGCCGGCCUGGACCUCCUCGGAGAAAACAGCGGAAUCGAAGAAUUAGCAAUGGUGGACGUGUGGACGGAGGUGGAGGCCCAGCAGUACUACCCGGCCAUCUCGCCCGUGGUGUUCGAGUGCAUCAUCAUCCCCUUCAUCAUCCCUGGCGGUGGCGCGGCGCCGAACCAGACCGUCGUGGACGAGAGCCUGGAGCGGCUGAGGGGUGUGCUGGGGAUCUACGAAGCCCGGCUGGAGAAGAGCAGGUACUUGGCCGGGGACUCCAUCAGCUUCGCCGAUCUGAACCACAUCCCGUUCACCUUCUACUUCAUGACCACCCCGUACGCCAAGGUGUUUGAUGACUACCCCAAGGUGAAGGCCUGGUGGGAGAUGCUCAUGGCGAGGCCAGCGGUGCAGAGGGUCUGCAAGCAUAUGCCUACCGAGUUUAAGCUAGGUGCGCAGUACUAGGUGUUUAUGCACUCCGCGCGGGUGUGUGCCGUGCCGUGCCGUGCCGUGCCGGUGAUGAUUCCGUUCAAGAGAAGAGACCUCCCUCCCGUGGGUGGGUGAUCAUCUGCCCGUCUACUUCCAGUAGUAUACGCUUUUAGUUUCAGCAGCACGAGGAGUCCGCUUGCGCUUCUGUUCGUGCGCUGGAUUCCUUGCUUUAAUUUAUGCACUAGUACUAGUUAGUAAAUAAACAACGGACUGGUCAAUGCUGCUAAUCCGUACUGUACGUCCUAUAUAGUAGUACCCCACUAGAGAUCAGUAUAUAUAUACAUCUUGGAUACGUGUGCAUUUGCAUGCAAAUAUAUAUGGACAGGGAUAACUGGCACAUGUGUGCCCGUUAGGAAAAUUACGAUCA